UCACCACCCAUUCUCCUGACGUCUCUGCUUCCACGUCUCUCUUGUGUGUGUGUCCCGGUGAGGUGUGCAGCUUCCCCGGGGGGAAGGAGGAGGAGGAUCGGGGUCAUGGCGGUGGUGUCCGGAGCAGGGGGCGGCGGACCAGUGGCGCCAGCUAACGUACGAGAUGGGGCCCGGAUAGCCGUGCUAUGCAUUCUCUGGUACUCGGUGAGCUCUGGUGGCAACGUGGUGAACAAGAUCAUACUGAACGGCUUCCCAUACCCAGUGACUGUGUCCCUCUUCCACAUCCUGGCUAUCUGCUGCUUCCUCCCACCGAUGCUCCGGGCAUGGGGGGUCCCGCACACCCAGCUGCCCGCCCGAUACUACCGCUGGUACAUAAUCCCGCUGGCCUUCGGGAAGUACUUCGCCUCAGUGUCCGCGCAUUUCAGCAUCUGGAAAGUGCCCGUGUCUUAUGCACAUACCGUGAAGGCCACUAUGCCAAUAUGGGUGGUGCUUCUUUCAAGGAUAAUAAUGAAGGAAAAACAGACUACGAAGGUGUACGUCUCCCUGAUUCCAAUCAUAGGAGGGGUCCUGCUGGCCACCGUUACAGAGAUCUCCUUUGACAUGUGGGGUCUGAUCAGUGCAUUGGCUGCAACGCUCUGCUUUUCUCUGCAGAACAUCUUCUCCAAAAAGGUGCUCCGAGACUCUCGUAUUCAUCACCUGCGCUUACUCAACCUCCUAGGUUGUCAUGCUGUGUUUUUCAUGAUCCCCACAUGGGUGUUAUUAGACCUGUCAUCCUUUUUAGUGGAUAAUGAUCUGGCUUCUGUUUCCCAAUGGUCAUGGACACUCCUCCUCCUCGUGAUCAGUGGAACAUGCAACUUUGCCCAGAAUCUCAUUGCUUUCAGCAUUUUGAACCUUAUUAGUCCGCUCAGUUAUUCUGUGGCAAAUGCCACCAAAAGGAUCAUGGUCAUCACAGUCUCUCUCAUUUUGCUUCGUAAUCCUGUGACUUUAACCAAUGUUCUUGGAAUGUUGACUGCAAUUCUUGGAGUAUUUCUUUAUAACAAGGCCAAGUAUGAUGCUAACAAAGAGGCAAAGAAGCAGUUACUUCCUCUUGAAAGUUCAGAAAUUCAGGGACUGGAUCACCACCGAGAUCUUCCUGAAAAGCUGCAGAAUGGAAUGCCCUCCUUUUCCCCUGGAAGGGACUAUCAGUAUGGUCGGACCAGUGUACUGACUGAUCACUUUCAGUACAGUCGACAGAAUCAUCCCAACACACACAACAGAUAUGAUGUCUGAAGCAUCUUUCCUAACAAGCAGUCCCUCCUUAUCCCAGCUUCACAUUCCCCUUUUUCCGAAUGCAGCAAGGCAGAUUGUGUUCUGCACCGUUGGCCAACUCGCCGAUCAAUGUCUCGUUUUAGAAUAUGACGUGUUGUUUGCUCACUGGAAGCAGAGGAAUGACGACGAGGAACUCUAUCGGCCAUGGUCAAAUGUGAUCCAAUCAUCAAUUGAAUUAUUCCGUUCCUCCCACAUCUUCAGAAGUAUCAAGGCUGCUGCAUGCAAUUCUGUGACUUUUUAAGGAGUGGAAUACGUUUUUUGUUUUUCCUUGUAAGCCUUUUUUUAUUUUUUAUUUUCCCCCCCUAGCAAAUCAAAUGUAUAAAAAGACUUGAUGCCAAAUGUGGCUCAUUCUUGGAUUUUAGAAUUGUACAUUGGAGUGUAAAAUAGUUGUGAGUAUACCUUACCCAUUUCUUCAGAUUUAGAAGGGAUAGUUGAAAUGGAUGCUCUCUAUAUUGAGGGUAUUUUUCUCUGAUAAGCAAGAAGAGGCCAUUGAUGAAGAGUAAAGAAGUAGCUGUAUGUAGGAAACAAAUCUGAUUGCUAGGAGUUGGUUUUUGCACAGUUUACUACACACCUAAAACAUUUUGCACAUAAAACAGCACAAUUGUUGCAUCAGAAUAAUGGUUAUAGGAUGUAAACAUAGAACUGGCACAACUGUGUUGUGACCUGUAGUAAAAAUGUGAUUUUUGGAGAAGUAAACCAUUAAGGCAAGUAUCCACCGCCAGUCUAAAUGUAAGACCGCUUAAAUUUAGACUAUUUUGUACGACUAAAAUAGGCAUAGAAAAUGAUGAGAGAUGGGCCUGUUGGCCUGUCCCCUUCACGGCCCACACCCACUUUUUUGGACCUGGUGUGAGCUGGAGAAAAGUCGUAGGUUGUGGCGCAAAUAACCUUUGCUCCACAAUCUGCCCCAGAAAUAUGCUUACUAUAGGUGUAUUUCUGAUAGUAAAUGGCCCCCAUAGACCUUAAAAUACUGACCCUCAGUUGACUAUAGUAUCAAAUAGGCCACAUGCACAUGACCAUGUCCGUAUUGCAGUCUGCAAACUACAGAUACCUUCCGUGUGCACUCCGACUCCGCAUUUUGCUCACUCCUAUCACUAGAAAUGACUAUUCUCAUCCACGGACAAGAAUAGGACAUGUUCUAUAAUUUACAGGAAUGGACAUACCGAUGCAGACAGCACAGGACCCAUAGAAAUGAAUGGGUCCGUGUGCGCUCCACAAAAAAUAAGGAUCAGACGUGGAUGCAAUAUACAGUUGUGUGCAUGAGCCCAUAGCAUCAAUUCGGAUCACUCCUAGUGUUUUCCAGCCUGUGCAGUCUGGUUAGCCGCUAUGGACAAAUGCUGCGCUAUUGUAAAUACGUAAGGUAUAUUUCCAAAUAUUUUUUAUGUUCCUUAACCUAGUAUUUAUUAAAACUGACUUUUAUUUUGUAAAAAGUAGAAGAUUACAGUCCCCAAACAACCUAGUAAAUAGUUCUUGCAGAUGUCCCCCUUGUAAAAUAAGAACACUUUACAAAUGUAAGAUAGGAAGCAUACACAUACUGUACAUCGCACAAUAAAUAUGUUCAUAGUGUGUAAAUAAAUCCCUUUUAAACUGGGCCUGUCAUUGACAAAAUCCCAUCAUUAAACAGCUGUUGCAAGCCAAUUUGACUUGGGUUCCUAUUGUUAAGUAAACUCUUAGGGCUAUGUAAUUCAUCAACAGAAGUUAAAGGGUACACCCUCAUCCACAGGAUAGGGGAGAAAUGCCUAAUGGGCAGUGGGCCGCCGCCAAUCACAAGAACAGGAGCCCAUGCUCCUCUGUUUGAAUUGAGAGAAGUCGCACACAUACACUCCAUUCAAGACCACGGGCCCCUGUUCUUGUGAUUGUUGGUGGCCCCAGUGAUCUGAUGCUUAUCCCCUGUCCUGUGAUUGGAAAUAACGUGUCUUAACGGGACACCCCUUUCAAGGGUUGUUCAGGGUUAGAUAAACAUGGCUGCUUUCAGGGCCACACCUAUCCAUGGGUUGUGACUGGCGUUGCAGCUCUACUCCACUAAAUUGAAUAGGGAUGAGCUGUAAUACCAUACAGUAUCUGUGGACAGAUGUGGCGCUAUUUGUGGAAGACUUCUAAUCCUGGACAUCCCCUUUAUUAGCUAUUAAACUCCCUCAGCAUGAAGAAAGAAGUUAAGAAAAAAUGGCAAAGGUUUAGAAGGUUUAUUAGUCCUAUUAGACCUACAGAGAAAGGCAGCCACCAUUUAUUGCGCGAGUACGGUUUGUUGGGGCUUCCCUGACCCAAUCGGUGGUAUUUAGGAUUUCUUGAUGAGAGGUCCACUUUAGAUUUUGAUAUAGUAAGUGCUCAGGAGAGAAGAAUUCCUUCUCGUCUCGCCUGUGGAGCAGUAUGUACAAUAUAGUCUGGUUUUACAUGUACUAUUGUAAGGUUUACAUAAGAAUUUCAUGCAAAUAUUGAGCGCCUUCUGCUUGCACUUUUUAAGACUAGAUAUUAUGUGUAAGUGAAGUUCUGACCAGGCCAAAGUGGCAGUGCAGGUAAUAAUGGAACAAUUAAUUAAAAGCUAUGUAACAAGCAUGGGCCAGUAUUAUAAAGGUAACCUGCCGCAGACCAGCCCUCUACGGUAUUGCAUCUUCUAAUGAUCUAAUGGCCAUACUUGCAUCCACGAAAUGACUUCUCAAGAUGCUGAUUGAGGAGGCUGCAAGAUAUCAGUGCUUUUGUGCAGUGACGAGGCAGUCACCAGUAUUCUCCUGCUGGCGAAAGUCCUAAAUAGAUUACUGGUAACUGCACAUUAAAACCUGCCUGAAUGCGCUGGGUGUCUCUGGUGACGUCUCCUUUAAGGGUUCUUGCACACAAGCAAUUUUAAUCUUGUGAGUUUACGUUUUGCUUGUGUUUUCUGUGAAUCUGUUAAAGAGGUAUUCCAGCUAUAGCCAUUCUGACAGCGCCCAGGUCCCUGCUGCACUCAACGUACUGAUCUCGACACAGCAGGAAUUGGCUAGUGAUUGGCUGAGUGGCAUUGCCAGCCAUUUCCUGCUAUGUUGAGUACAGUAGGAGCCUGGGCUCUGUGCAACGGCAUCGCACACGAGCGAGUUCAAUGGGAUAAACUUGCAGCGUGUGUCAGUACGAGGUCUCUUAGAGUCCUGAAAUCUACUGAAUUACACUGACCUAAUGCUGUCCGUGUGAUGCCAUCCAUUCCAUGACCCACAGGUUAUACAGCAUUAGGCUACUUUCACACUAGCGUUCGGGUGUCCGCUUGUGAGCUCCGUUUGAAGGAGCUCACGAGCGGACCCGAACGCAGCCGUCCAGCCCUGAUGCAG